AUGGGGUAUUCGUGGAUAAAGGGUGCGGAUGAACUUGGGAAAUUCAGACCAGUCUCUUGCUGCACCACAGUCUACAAGGUCAUAGCAUCUCUACUCAAGAAGAAACUCAAGCUCUUUGUCUCUGAUGUGGUACAGAGGAACCAGGUGGGAUUCUUAAAGGAUAGGCUGCUAUGCGAGAAUGUCCUACUUGCAUCAGAGCUCGUCACGGGAUUUCACAAAAGAGGUCCCCUAACUCGUGGCUGCCUCAAAAUUGAUAUCACAAAGGCCUUUGAUAACCUUCAUUGGUCCUUUGUCCUCAAUGCUCUACGAGCCCUUGAUCUCCCCGACGUGUUCCUCAACUGGAUUAAGGAGUGUAUUACAACUCCAACCUUCAGUGUGGCCUUCAACGGGGAAUUGGUGGGAUGCUUUGCUGGAAAGCGAGGGCUUCGACAGGGUGAUCCGAUUUCCUCACUUCUCUUCGUGCUAGCUAUGGACACUCUGUCUAAGAAGCUGGACGCAGGAGCUAUUGAGGGAAAGUUUGGACUGCACCCACAAUGCGACGCUCCCCUCAUCACUCACCUUAGCUUCGCUGACGACGUCUUAAUCUUCUUCGACGGCAGUGAAGCUUCUCUUGUGGGCAUCCUGGAAAUCUUAGAAGAGUUCAAAAAAGUCUCGGGCCUAGGCAUCAACCUCAGCAAAAGUGAAGUCUUCUUCGAUGGUGGGAACUCUACGCUAGUGCAGGAUGUUGUUGCCAGACUUCACCUAAAACAAGGCUCUUUACCGGUGAGGUACUUGGGAGUACCUCUCACAACACGCAAGCUCAGGAAGCAGGACUAUCAACCGCUGCUUGAUAAUCUGUCAGCUAGGUUUACCUCAUGGACAGUGAGACAUCUCUCCUUCGCGGGCAGGAUUGAGCUCUUAAAAUCUGUGAUUUAUGCUGUCAUCUCUUUCUGGGCAACGAUCUUCAUCCUGCCCAACCAAUGCCUCAAGAAGCUGGAACAAAUGUGUAACUCUUUCUUGUGGAAAGGUACUCCUGGUGAUGCUAGGGGGGCGAAAGUAAGAUGGGAUUCAGUAUGCUCUCUUAAGUCUAGUGGAGGACUAGGACUUAGGAAGCUCAAACCUUGGAAUCAAGUUCUUGGUUUAAAACUGAUUUGGCUUAUCUUCACCGCUUCUGGAUCGUUAUGGGUCUCUUGGAUCAGGCGCCACCUGAUUGGCAAUCAGGAUUUCUGGACUUUGGACUCUGAAAACUCAGGCAGCUGGAUCUGGAAACAGCUCUGCAAACUGCGACCCUUGGCUCGUCGGUUUGUUUACUGUCAACUUGGCUCCGGAAUCACAGCACGGUUUUGGCAUGACAACUGGACCGGAAAUGGAGCACUGAUCGAUCUGACUGGUCCUCUGAGGCCGCAAAUUGCAGGUCUUGAUCUAGGUGCAACCGUUGCUGAUGGAAUUAUUGACGGGAAUUGGUGGUUGCACAGGUCUCGUAGUAGGAACCCGAUUAUCUGCCUGCUACGAGACUCACUACCACCUGUUGAACCCAUCGCUCUCUCAGAAGUGGACGACUUAUAUCUCUGGAAAAUUGGAACCGCCACUCCUUCUACAUCUUUUAACACCGCCGCGACCUGGAGCUCAGCUUUCCCACCUCCACCACUUGUUAACUGGCACAAAUCUGUUUGGUUCUCUGGUUCUAUACCCAAGCAUGCCUUUAUAACAUGGCUGAUCUCCCUCAACAGACUCUCUACACGCGACAGGCUGGGGGAAUGGGGUCUUGAUGUUCCUUCCUCCUGCCUUCUCUGCUCGAUGUUCGAUGAGAAUCGCCAACAUCUGUUCUUUGAUUGUGACUACUCAAAAGAGGUAUGGUCUUUCUUCUCCUCCAAAGCCCAUCUCACUCCACCUCUCUCGUUUGAAGAUUGUUUGAGAUGGAUGAAAGACCCUACCACAGACAGAAAUGUCAACCUCAUCUUGAAGCUGGCUUUUCAAGCCUCCUGCUAUGCUAUUUGGAAAGAGCGUAACACUCGACUUCACUCGGCGGUAUCACGUUCUGCUCAGUCACUAAUUGCUGACAUUAGGCUAACCAUCAGAAGCAAACUGGAUUCACUUUCCAGAGCUCAGCGAAACCUUCAAACCACUGUCUCCUUUUUGUCUACGUGUUGUAUCUGCGCUGUAAGCCUGCAAGGCUAA